GUACAAGAUGCUGGGCAAGAGAUGGUGGCUUCUCCUGUCACACCAGGAACAGGCAAAUCAAAGCUGGACACUCUGCCCAAAGAAGAUCUCAUCAAGUUUGCCAAAAAGCAAGUGAUGCUUAUACAGAAAGUGAAAUCAAGGUGUACAGAACUGGAGAAAGAAAUUGAAGAACUCAGAUCUAAAGCAGCUACUGGAGGAGCUGAUGAUAUUAUUCAGGCUCUCACUGAAAGAUUGGAUGUUGUCCUUCUGGAAAAAGCUGAAAGUCAGCAGCAGUGUGUAGCUCUGAAAAAAGAAAAUAUUCAAAGAAAACAAGAAGCAGAGGCUGCAGCGGCUAAGACAGAAGAAUUGCAGAAGCAACUGGAGCAGUCCAGUAUUGACUCUGUGAAAGAAAUCAAAGCUCUAAAGAGUGAAUUAGUAAAUGCACAAUCCAAAUACAGUGAGGAUAUAACAAAGCUGAAGAAAGAAUUAGAGGAACAAGAGAAGAAACAAAUGGGACUUGUGGAACAAAUKGAGGGUAAUAGUAAUAGUCAAGAAGAAGUUAAAAAACUCCAGGAUGAAGUUGAGAGAAUUAAAUGUGCUUAUGAAGAGCAAAUUUUGCAUCUGAACAAGCACUUGGAAACUGUGAAUGAUGACAAAACCAAAGAAUUGGCAAAUCUGCAGGAAACUAUUAAAAAUAAUUCUCAGUGUUACAAUAAUGAAAUUAAUAACCUACAUGAAGAGCUUAAAAAAAUGAAGAGUGCCCAUCAGGAAGAGGUUUCAGAAUUGAUGCUUCAGAUUGAAAUGUCUUCUAAAGAAAAUGMAGAAAAGCAGAACCAGAUAAAUCAAUUGCAGAAGAAUUUGGCAGAGCAGAGUAUAAUAAAAGAGGAAAAUGUGAAGGAUGAAGUAUAUGCUGCCACUGACCAGCGUGAAUGUGACUUAGAACAGUUAAGAGAAGUCCUACAUGAAAACAUAGAAAAACGGAUAGAUGCUGUAGAUGCCCAAGAGCAGCCUCCYGCAGAAGCAGAAUUGGAAGAAAAGGUUAGAUACUUAGAGCAUAAUUUAGAAGAGUUCCAGUCUCAACAUAGUAUAUUAAAAGAUGAACUAACCUAUAUGAAUAAUGUUAAACUAAAACUGGAAGAAGAAAUCCAUCGCAUAAAGGAUGAAUAUUUUCAUGAGCGGGAAGACUUGGAUUUUAAAAUAAAUGAAUUGCAGCUCACUAAGGAAGAUUAUUGUUGUGCAAUUGAAAAAUUAAAGUCGGAGCUUCAAGCAACAAAACACCACUGUGAAAUCACUGUAGAAGAACAUAAAUUAGAAACUCAAGCUCUGAAAGAGCAACAUGAGAGAGAAAUUUCUAAACUAAAUGCAACUUUGUUAUCCAAUGCUGAAAAAGAAAAUAUGGCAUUAGUCUUCGAAAUACAGGAACUUAGGGAACAACUUGAAAAGCUCGCUCAGGAGAAAGAAGAAGCAGUGUGCAGUUAUGACAGCCUGAGAGAAACACUGGAGACCCUACAGACUGAGCUAGGGGAAUCAGCUGGAAAGAUCAGCCAGGAGUUUGAAUCGAUGAGACAACAGCAAGCUUCUGAUGUUAGUGAACUUCAACAGAAACUCAGGGCUGCUUUCAAUGAAAAGGAUGUUCUUCUUGAAACUAUAAAUCGCCUCCAGGAGGAAACAGAAAAGUUGUCAUCUAAUCAGCUUGAGGUAGAAGAACUCAAACAUAAAAUUGUUGCUCUYCAGGAGGAGAACGAAACAAUAACAAGCCGUGUCCAUGAAAAAGAGAUGGCCAUAAAAGAACUGGAAGAAAAGAUCAUUGUUCUCGCCGAUCAGAACCAGGGUAUUUUAAAUGAAGUAAAAUGCUCAGAUGAAGAGAGAGACACUCUUCAGGAAAGAUGCAAACAGGAGCAGGAAAAAGUUCAGGAACUUCAGCAACAAGUAGAUGCUCUUAGCCAGUACAAUAAUGACCUGGAAAUAAAGGUAAAUGAAUUAAGAGAGAGACUGAAUGAAACUUUAAACAUGAAGAAUGAAAAUGCACACAUCGUAGAGCAACUGGAAAGCCAAAUUGAGUCUCUAAAGUCUGAUAGAGAGCAUCUUGCAUCAGAAGCAGAUACUCUGCAUGAGGAAAAUAAGAAAAUAAUACAGGAAAAAGGUAGAUUAAGCGAAGAGCUGGAGAAGAUUGYAUCGGAAAAAGAAACUUGGUCAGUGUUGAAAGAGCAAUCAGAAAACUUAGAAAAGAAAAUACAAACGAUAAAUGGAGAAAAAGACCAUUUAUCAACCUUACUUGAAAGUGAACAAGCACACAGCUCUCUUGUUAGAACUCAGCUGUGCUGCUUAAUUGAGCGAAUGGGGUCCAAAGUUUCAUAUUCUGAGGAGGAACAUGAUUCUCUUAGCUUACUGAAUACUGCAAAUGAAUGCUUGGCAAGAAUGAAAGAAGAACAAUGUCUUACUCUGGAGAACGAGGAGAAAGCUCUUCAUCUGCAGCAAGAAGUUGAAAGAUUGGAGCAAGAAGUCAUAGCUCAAGAUACAGAACGUAGGUCUCUGCUUGAGGACUUUGGAAAAGAAAAGGCUCUUUUAAGAGAAGAAUUGGAAGGAGCAUUGGCUGAAAAAGAAGCACUUCAACAUGAUAUCCAGGAACUGAAGAACGUCAGUGAAAAAACAAGGAUUGAAAAUCAAGAUCUUUUGAUUCAUAUCGAAGACAUCUCUCAAAAACUUGCUUUUUGUGAAAGUCAAAUACAAGAGCGGCAAAAAGAAUCUGCCACAGAAAAACAAGGAGACCUAAACUUCAUUCUGGAACAGAAGGAAACUGAACUUAGAAAUGUGAAAGACGAACUGAGUUCUCUAAAGGAUUUAAUGGAGACAUUUACCAGGAAAAAUGAUCAACCAUCUUCAAUAGCAGAGCUUCAGGAAAAAAUUGGAAAUCUGGAAAAAGAAUCUGCAGAAAAAACAGAGAAGCUUAAYAAAAUUAAGGUUGUUGCUGUAAAAGCAAAGAAAGAAUUGGAUACCAGUAGAAAAGAGGUACAGACUCUGAGGGAAGAAUUGGAGUUGGUUCAAUCAGAAAAAGAUCAGUUGUCCACUUCGAUGAAAGAGGUCAUUCAGGGAGCUGAAAGCUAUAAGAACCUUUUGAUGGAGUACGAUAAGCAAGGAGAAGAGCUGGAUUCUGAGAAAGGCAGAGCAAAUAAUCUUGAACGUCAAAUAGAUGACCUCACACGACAGCUGCAGGUGUCAUCCCAGCAGCACAAUCAGUUACAGUCUGCUAAUGAAGACCUCUUGGCUCGUGUUGAAACACUGCAAUCUAAUGCUAAGCUGCUGGAAGCUCAGAUACUGGAGAYGCAAAAAGCCAAAGCAAAAGUUGACAAAGAACUGGAAGCUGAAAAGCUUCUAAAAGAACAGAAAACAAAGGAACAUAGUGGUGCUGUCAGAGAACUAGAGGAGCUUCAGAUGCAACUUCAGAAGGAAAAGAAGCAUCUCCAGAAAACCAUGCAAGAACUAGAGCUGGCCAGAAAGGAUGCUCAGAAGAGUACACUGAUGGAUAUGGAAAUAGCUGAUUAUGAAAGGCUAGUAAAAGAACUUAAUCAGAAGAUUACUGAUAAAGACAGUAAAAUAGAAGAUCUUGAGCAGGAAAACAGAAUUCAGAAGCAGAAACAAGAAACUCUACAAGAAGAGAUAAAGUCGUUGCAGUCAUCUAUGCAACAGGAUGAGGAAAGAAAUGCCAAGAUAAAACAACUGCUUGUGAAAACCAAGAAAGAACUGGCUGAUUCGAAACAAGCUGAAAAUGACCACCUAAUGCUGCAAGCAUCACUGAAAGGAGAGCUAGAAGCCAGUCAACAACAAGUGGACACCUAUAAGAUUCAAGUGGCUAUGCUGACAUCAGAGAAGCACAAAAUCCAGGAACAUCUGCGAACUUCUUCAGAGCAGCACCAGCGCACGCUGACUGCUUACCAGCUAAAAAUUGCAGCCUUGCAAGAAGAAUGCAGAACAGCCCAGGUAGAACAAGCAGCUGUUACUUCUGAAUUUGAGAGCUACAAAGUCCGUGUUCAUAAUGUUCUUAAACAACAAAAGAAUAAAUCUGCUUCUCAAACAGAAACGGAGGGAGCCAAGCAAGAAAGAGAACACUUUGAAAUGAUGAUAGAUCAACUUAAAGUUAAGCUACAAGACACUCAGCAUAAUUUACAGCUCAAUGCAGCUGAACUCCAAGCCCUGCAGUCUGAGCAUGACACCCUGCUGGAAAGACACAAUAAGAUGCUGCAAGAGACUGUUGCAAAAGAGGCAGAGCUCCGGGAAAAGCUCUGCACAAUACAGUCUGAGAACAUGGUCAUGAAAACAGAGCACGCCCAGAGUCUGAGCCAGCUGACAGCCCAGAACGAAGCUCUCCGGAACAAUUUCAGAGAUCAAGUCAGGAACCUGCAAGAAGAGCACAGGAAGACGGUAGAGACACUUCAGCAACAACUGUCCAGGGUAGAAGCCCAGUUCUUCCAGCUCAAGAGUGAACCAAACACUAAAGGUCCAGCUGUUUCACAUCCAGCAACRAAGAACUUAAAGGAACGGCGAAACACGGACCUUCCAGUUCUUGAUAUGCACGCGGUAGCCAGGGAAGAGGGAGAAGGCAUGGAAACCACGGACACAGAGUCCGUCUCUUCCGCCAGCACCCACGUGCCAUCCUUAGAACAACUUCUGAACUCCCCAGAAGCCAAACACGAACCAUCUCAGUGGCAAACAGAACUGACCAAGGAUGAGCUGCUUCAGAAGCUGAACACCACAGCCAAGAGUGCUGAUCACUUGAACGAAUUACUUCGUGAAUCAGAAGCCACCAAUGCAAUCUUAAUGGAGCAAAUCAAGCUUCUUAAGAAUGAAAUAAGAAGAUUGGAAAGAAAUCAAGAAAGAGAAAAGUCCGUGGCUAACCUAGAAUACUUGAAGAAUGUUCUGUUGCAGUUUAUAUUUCUCAAAUCAGGAAGUGAGAGAGAGAGGCUUCUUCCAGUAAUAGAUACCAUGCUGCAGCUCAGCCCAGAAGAGAAAGGGAAGCUAGUUGCAAUUGCCCAAGGUGAGGAAGAAAGUGCCACACGACCUUCUGGGUGGGCUUCGUACCUCCACAGCUGGUCAGGACUUCGAUGAGACAGUGGAAACGCCUGAUCUUUUACAUAUGUUCUACAGUUCCACAAAGGGGAAUCUUAAUGUAGAGAAGCAACUCAUAGGUACUCUAGUGCUGACCAAUAUAUUUUUGUUUCCGUGUAUUAUUUUGAGCUUUGGAGGCUGGUUGAAGAAAGAAGUCCUUGGCACCUCUGAAAGACUGUCCUGUUUCACAUCCUGACAGCAGUAAGCUACUUGGUUCUCUUGUAAGCGUUUAGAAAAGCUGAUGACCAGAAGCAUAAUGAGAAGUGACAAAUUGAUUGUAAAUUACUCGGAAACAGCGUUUGAGCAGCUUGCCACAGGUCCUGUGAUACUGUUAAAAACAUAAAGUAGUAACUGGAAUAACUGGACUUAAAGCAUUUUGAAGUGUUUACAGUUUCUUUCACAUUUUCCUUCAGCUUGCUGCUCUGUGUCAUUCAUGCUAUUCUCUGCAUGUUGAAGAAGUUAAAAAUCAAAGUAAUUUCUCUCUGUAGUGACACUUUGAAAACAUAAGAUCACUCCAAAACAGAAAUGGUAUUUUCUGUUUUGACUUCACUAAAAAUUUAGUCUUGGUUAUAUUUUUUUGUGGUAAAGGUAGGUUGAUAAUAGGAAGGAAAGGUUGCAAAUGCAUAAAACUUUUGAUGGCAUCUGUGGAAGUCCUGGGGUAAGAAUCAGAGGUCAUAAGUGAGCUGUAAAUUCACAGAAGAGGUUUAAGCUGUGAAUAUUAAGCCUAAGUUUGGAAGUUCGUGCUUAAAAACAGGAACAAAUGUGACAUCGCCUUUAGUGAUGCCUGUGCUUGAGUGAAGAAACUACUCAUACAGAGACACUAAAGGAAGAUUCCCAAUGUAUAGGCCAGCUUCCUAAGAGUAACUUCAAAGAGAAGGGAAAGAGCAUUUGCCAGUAGGUAAGUGAUUAAAGAAGUUGCAUCCUUCUCUCUCGCUGCUCCACGUUUGCACACAUCUCAUUUGCACAGCUCUUCUGCACGGGUGCUUCAGGCUGUUCCACCUUCCUAAGCAGAAUAGGGUGUGUUUUCUUUUGUUGUUUUUUGUUUGUUUGUUUUCAUGAAAAAAUACAUUGCUGCCAUGUUGUGGCUUUUAUUAUGAACACAGCACUUUCAAAGUUCUUGUUUGAGUCAUCAUCUUUUUCCUUUUCUAGCYUAUGCUGCCUUUCACUGUCUUAACUUAUUUUUAUAUUAGUAAAAUGUGUAAACCUGCUUAUACCUCCUGCUUAUCUUUAAUUUUUUUAAUCACUCCUUUGUUUUCAUCUCCUCAGUGAUGUUUUUACAGUGUUAAAUCAUUCCCUGCAGAAAGAGUUAGAAAAGUGGGCAGAAGGAGUUGGCUCACUUUGAGAAUAAACUGAUCAGGAACUGUGCUUUUGKUUUUUUUGUUUUGUUUUGCUUGUAUAUAUUUCAGCAAUCAGUUGAUAGAGCCAAAGGAUUUAGAUGUUUGAAUUAUUUUUCACCCUGUUUUAAGCACCUUCCACCACGUGCUUUACCUGGAAACACCUGGUGUGGACUUUCAGAUCACAGAACUGACAUUUGGGAGAGCAGGGGGGAGUCUCUUAGCAUGGAAAUGUAGAUAGCAAACAUGAGACUUCAUCCUGGCCUUUUUUCACUUGCUUUUGAAACCAUAAUGGUAUCUUCCACAUUCAUGACUUGCUGUAAGUCUCAGAUAAUUAAUUYCAAACCCUUCUAAUUUGCAUCUGGAUUCCAUUAAUGUCAUUUAAAAGUAUGCCAGACCAGAACUAGGGGAGAGGGAUUUCAAGUAGGCAAAAAAAAAAAAAAGAAAAAAUGCAAGUCAUUCUGUUGCUGUGGUUUUAACAAUGGAAGCAUGUGAGAGAAACGGUACAGUGUUUUUCUCCAAAUUCAGUUUGCUGUUGACCUGAUUCUUUUCUUUGCACACCCUCUGCUCAACUUUAUGCAGCUUUAUCUUUAACCAUUUGUGACAACUUCUUUUAAAAUGCACGUGUUUCAGAACUGUAGAUUAUUUAACAUUUUCAAACUGUGAAUAAAUAUAUGUAAGUAGUAUAUAUUCCUGGCUGUAUUAAAUACCAGUUACUUUUUUCAGAUUGGAGUUGCAUGCUCACUGAUUUUAGUAAAACUCGAGUAUUGUACUUCUGAAGGUAAUGGACACCUCUGGCAUUGCUCUAUUUUUUUACUGUGGAAGUUUAAGGUCUUGAAGAGCGUAAAAAUAUUUUAAUAACUGCUAUUAAACUGUUCUGUAGCUGAGAUUGCCAGAACUUGCCUUUUUGGCUACUGUCUGAAGAAAGGAAAUAUAGCAAGGUUUAAAAUGCACUUGCAAUAUAUGACAUAGAAGAAUGUUGAUUGGAAGCAAGACUAUUUUGCCUGGGAAAAACUUUGUAUUACAUAUAUUUGCAUUUGUAAUGUAUAGCACUCGUGACUUGCUGUSCAAAAAAAUCUUCAAUUAUAACUAGUCCUGCUGCUCCUGAUCGUAUUGUGGUGCUCUUUCCUGGAAGAGCAGCGUGACUUUGCUUUCCGCUCCUGCAAUUGUCUGCCUGUUUUUACACUGCCAUAGUUGUUAGGAUGCUUCCCAGAARAUGUGUCCC